CCAUCAGUGGCGCAUGCGCAAACUUUCUUCAACGGUUGCUGGAGGGGUUGUUAAAGGACUUCAGGACAUUGCCUGACUUUUCUUGCUCUUUGGCAACCGAGCAGCCUGCAGGUCAUGGCCACGGCCAGCUGUGCCAAGGUGGACCCAGGCUCCCUGCAGGUGCUUCAGGACACGGCCAAUCGUCUGCGAAUCCACUCGAUCCGGGCCACGUGCGCCAGCAACUCGGGCCACCCCACGUCCUGCUGUAGCGCGGCAGAGAUCAUGGCUGUGCUCUUCUUCCACACCAUGAGGUACAAACAGACAGACCCCGCGCACCCCAACAACGACCGCUUCCUCCUCUCCAAGGGCCACGCUGCACCCAUCCUUUAUGCAGUCUGGGUGGAGGCGGGCUGGAUCUGUGAAUCUGACUUGCUGAACUUGCGGAAAAUCCGCUGCGACCUGGAGGGUCACCCCACCCCUCGGCUAUCGUUUGUUGAUGUGGCAACAGGCUCUCUUGGGCAAGGACUGGGAGCUGCCUGCGGAAUGGCUUACACCGGCAAGUACUUCGACAAGGCCAGCUACCGUGUCUUCUGUCUCAUGGGGGACGGUGAGGCCUCAGAAGGCUCUAUCUGGGAGGCCUUGGCCUUUGCUUCCCACUACAAAUUGGACAACCUCGUGGCAAUCUUUGAUGUGAACCGCUUGGGGCAAAGCGGCACUGCACCCCUAGGGCACUGCACGGACAUCUAUGAGAAGCGCUGCCAAGCAUUUGGGUGGAAUACUUACUCGGUGAAUGGCCACGAUGUCGAAGCCCUCUGCCAUGCCUUUUGGAGAGCAACUCAAGUCAAGAACAAACCUACUGCCCUGAUUGCCAAGACCUUCAAAGGGCGGGGUAUUCCAAAUAUUGAGGAUGCAGAAAACUGGCAUGGGAAGCCCAUGCCGAAAGAGAGUGCUGAUGGGAUUGUCAAAUUAAUUGAGAGUCAGAUACAAACAAGCAAACGUCUCACACCAAAGCCCCCCGUUGAAGACUCACCCCUGAUCAGCAUCUCCAAUAUAGAAAUGACCUCUGCACCUGCCUAUAAACUGGGUGACAAGGUGGCUACCCGGGAAGCCUGUGGCUUGGCUCUGGCUAAAUUGGGUCACACUCACAAGAGAGUUAUUGUUCUAGACGGUGACACAAAAAACUCGACCUUUUCUGAGAUCUUCAGGAAAGAACACCCUGAGCGAUUCAUAGAGUGCUUCAUUGCGGAACAAAACAUGGUAAGUGUAGCGCUAGGGUGUGCGGCGCGAGGGCGGACUGUGGCUUUUGUUAGUACCUUCGCAGCCUUCCUGACGCGAGCAUUUGAUCAGAUCCGAAUGGGAGCCAUCUCUCGAGCCAACAUCAACUUCAUUGGUUCCCACUGCGGGGUAUCUAUUGGAGAAGAUGGGCCUUCCCAGAUGGCUCUGGAGGACCUGGCCAUGUUCAGAAGCGUCCCCACCUGCACGGUUUUCUACCCAAGUGAUGCAAUCGCCACAGAACACGCUGUUUAUCUGGCAGCCCGCACAAAGGGGAUGUGCUUCAUUCGGACCACCCGGCCCCAAACCGCAGUUAUUUAUACUUCACAAGACAGCUUUGCAGUUGGACAGGCCAAGGUGAUCCGCCAGAGUGCAGAGGACAAGGUGACGGUUGUUGGAGCAGGAGUUACUCUACAUGAAGGCCUGCUGGCUGCCGACAAGCUUUCUCAACAAGGUAUUUUUAUUCGCGUCAUUGACCCAUUCACUAUCAAGCCUCUGGAUGCUGCCACCAUUAUCCACAGUGCCAAAGCCACCGGAGGCCACAUCAUCACAGUGGAAGAUCACUACCGAGAAGGUGGCAUUGGGGAAGCUGUGUGUGCGGCCAUCUCCAGAGAGCCUGACAUAGUUGUCCGUCAGCUCGCAGUGACAGAAGUGCCGCGCAGCGGGAAGCCGAGUGAACUGCUGGAUAUGUUCGGAGUCAGUGCCAGGCACAUUAUGGCAGCCGUGAGAGAUGUCGUAACGAAAUGAACUAGCCCAUUUCUUCAAGGCUCUUGGCUUUGGUCUUAAACACUGGUAUCUUGGUGUUAUAUUGAUGUCUGUUGUUAUAUAUAUAAAAAAAACUCUUACACUCUGCUGUUUUAAAAGCAUUGCUGGCUAAUACCUUCAUUUCUAAUAAUAAGAUCAACAAAAAGCCUUGAACUUUCUAUUAAACUGACAAAUGUCACUCUUGUUUUUUAGUUGUUAGGGUGAAUUAUACAUUUUUCAGCUGCAAAACAGACAACAAAACCAUCUGAUUAUAAGGUUUUUUGGUAAGACUAUAAUUAAUGAACAGGGGUGAGGAUACUGCAGCUGUAAUUGGCUAUCUACGUGUAUAGUUAAGGGAACUUGAAUUAGUUGUAGACUUCAUUAGCCCAGAUUCUGAAGCAGAUGUGAGCACUUGCACAAUGGCGUUGCCGUGUCAUUGGUCUCUUUUCCUGGUGACAUUGACCUUGGAACUUCCUUUGCAGUUAGUCCACUGCAUGUCUCUUUGGCGGGACAGCUCUCUCAAAUUCCACUUUUCUAUAAAGUUCUAGUUGGUGCAUUACAUAUUAAUAUAUUGUUCUGUGAAAGUGUUGUGUUUUUUUGUCUUUUUGUUUUCUUGUAACCAAACUAUGUUGUUAACUUGAUUAUUAUUCAUCUGCUGGA